AUGACAGAGUUCCUCAAUUACAAAGUUGCUCUUCAGUUAAAGGAUGGCACUGAGACACUGGGGCUCAUUUCUCACGUGGAUAGUAACCUGAUCACUUUGGGCGAUCGUACGAUCAAUAAUUCGAGUGUCAAAGACUUGAAAGUCGUCAAGUUACCGCCAGACGUACUGAGGACACAACAGAAAAAGAAACAUCAACACGCCAAUAUCAGUCUGAUUGAUGAUGCGAUUAUUUCUGCUUCCGGAAGCAGAGCGGGCACUCCCAAAGUUUCCAAGCAUUCGCCUGAUUGGGGUGUUUCGACCGACGUUCAAGACAUCAAAAGCGGUAAGGAGUUCGAUUUUGCUGCCAACUUAGCCAUGUUUGACAAGAAGUCUGUGUUUGCCGACUUUCAAAAAAGUGACCAUGUGAGCGCCAAGGACAGGCUUGUGGGCCACAAUACCAUAGACAAUGUGCUGAAAAUGAAAAAGAGCUCGCUGCGAAAAGAUAAGUACGACAACGACGAAAUGGUGAUUUCUGCUAACAAGGAGGACAACUGGAAUAAGAUUGGUUCUGUUUCCCAGAGACUUGCCCUGCCUGUGAGUGCUGGGUCGCAACAUACACUGAUCAUCCUGACACCUCGUGAGGCUCAACAGUUCAAGUUCGAGUUUAGUAAUAGUGGGCUUGUGGUUCCACUUGCAUCACCUGUCCAGUUGAUUGAGAUUGAAAGAGAGGCGCAAGAAUCGUUUGGUAUCGGCUUUAAGACCUCGACAGAAAUCUGUGCAACUAAUUUCUACAAGUUGAUUGUGGAUACCAUGUUGGGUGGCUCUGUGAGGCUUAGCAACAGGCAAAACCAUAACUUACCGCCUUUAGUUCUUCUCUUGAUUGGAAGCAGUCGCUCCAGCUCGAAGGCUUUCGCUGCUGGAAGACACUUGACCAACCACGGUGUGAGAGUUCUUGCGUACGUCAUCAACGAAGAAAUACUCGAAGGCGAAUUGCUUCAUCAAUGUGACUUGUUCGAAAAGGCUGGGGGUAAGGUCGUGAAUGGACCUUUCGCUAAGUUGUCUGAUAUUUUGAACAACCAACUCGAAACUCCUGUGGAACUUAUUAUCGACGCAUUACAAGGCUUUGACGGUCAAUUGCUCGACCUCUUUUACAAUGAUAAGAUGAUCAGCGAGCUUAAGGAAUUGAUUAGAUGGGCGAAUAAUCAAAGAGCCAAGGUUCUUUCAAUUGAUAUUUCCGCUGGUGUGGAUGGUGAAUCAGGAACAGUGGUGGACCCUCUGCUCCAAAUCCAUACGAAAUACAUCGUCUCUUUAGGACUUCCGAUCACCGGUCUAGUUCACGCAUAUAACAAUGGAACUUUCCGCAGUUUGACAGAGGAGAUUCAACAUUUUGUGGUGGAUGCUGGUAUCCCCAACGGAAUAUAUAGUUCAAAGCCGCACUUGCGCAAGUUCGACAAGUUCUGGUACUGCGCCGAGGCGUAUUUGCCAUUGAAAGUGGCAGAUGCGUAA